AUGGGAGAUUUUAAUGUUCACCAUUAUGCGUGGGGUUGCUCAUAUAGUGAUAGAUAUGGUAAUGAACUAUUGGAAUCAAUUGAAGAAAACAAUUUAUAUUUAGUGAACAAUGGAAGUCCGACUCUGGUAUUCAAAAAUACAAAAACGGUGGUUGAUAUAACUUUAUGUUCAUCAGAAAUAAUAAAUAAGAUAAAGUGGGAAGUGCAAAAGGAGUCACUGGGAUCUGAUCAUUUUCCAAUCCAUGUUGAACUUAAUGUGAAAAAUGACAAAUAUAAAAAUACAUCAGUAAGAAAAUGGAAUUGUAAACGAGCAGACUGGGAUAAAUAUAAAUCCGUUAUAGAAGAAAAAUGCGAAAAGAUAGAUAAUUCUACAACAGAAGUUAGUUAUAGUGAAUUAUUAGAUUGGAUUGAUAGUGCAGCUAACAGCAGUAUACAAAUUAAUAAGGUGAGGAAUAAAACCAGAAGACCAAUGUGGUUUGAUAAUGAGUGCUUGGAUUUAAUUAAAAAACGAAGAGAAAUAGAAGCAAAAUACAGAAAUAAUGCGAACUGGGAAAACUUUAUGGAAUGUGAAUCGGGAAAUGUAUCAAAAUGUAGUGAUGAUGUAUUAGAUGUUCUAGUAGACAAAAUAGCACCACCAGGAGUUAGUUACAAUAUUGAUGAAGAUUUAAAUGGGUAUGCGGAAAUGGAAAAUGAUUUAUUAAGUAAACCGUUUACAAAAUGGGAACUAGAAAAAACCUGGAAUAAAAGAACGGAUACAGCGCCUGGAUUAAAUAAUAUUCAAUAUUCAAUGUUAAGAAACCUUCCAGAGAAAGGUAAACAAAUAUUACUAAAGAUAAUUAAUAAAUAUUGGAAGAGGCCUGAAUUAAUUGAUGACUGGCAUAUUAAUAAAGUGAUUUUAUUAAGAAAACCAAAUAUAAAUAGAAAUGAAAUAGAUGCCUAUAGACCAAUAACUUUAAGCUCGUGCAUAGCCAAGAUAAAAGAUAGAUUGAUAAAGAGGAGGCUAGAAUGGUGGUUGGAACAUAAUAAAAUAUUCCCAAGAACUCAAUUUGGUUUCAGAAGAAAACAUAGUACAAUGGAUAAUUUAAGUAUAUUUAUUAGUGACAUAUAUUUGGCAUUUUCUAGAAAUACAUAUGUUGUAGCACUAUUUAGUGAUAUAAAGGGAGCUUAUGACAAUGUGAUACCUAAUAUUUUAAUGGAUAAAUUAUUAAAAAAAAUAGUUUUAGAGAUGAAUGAUAGAAAAUAUGAAAGAUACUUAUACAAAGGACUUCCGCAAGGGGGUAUACUGAGUCCUUUAUUAUAUGCUUUAUAUGCUUAUGAUUUAGAAAAAAUUUGGGUACCUGGAACAAAGAUCUUACAAUAUGCUGAUGAUGUUGUGAUUUAUGUAGAAAGGAAAACAUUAAAAGAUGCUUUGGAGAUUAUGACAAACAAUAUUGAUUUAUACAAUUUAUGGUUGAGCAAAAAUGGUUUAACAUUAUCAGAAGAAAAAAGUACGAUUGGAAUUUAUCUAGAUCAAAAGUUGGCAUUCAACACACAUAUAGAAAGUAUUGAAAAAAAGACAGAAAAAAGUAUAAAUAUAUUAAGAAUGUUAAAUAAAACUUGGAAUGGUUUACAUCCAAGUUCAGCAUUAAACCUAUAUAGAGUAUUAAUUCGACCAAAAUUAGAUUAUGGCUCUUGGAUAUUUAGUAACAGCAGAAAAAUUCAAGAUUUAGACAAGAUUCAAUAUCGAUGUCUUAGAAUAUGUAUAGGAGCAAUGAAGUCAACGCCAACAAAUGUAUUAUUAUUGGAAAGUGGAGAAAUGCCAUUAGAAAUAAGACGAAAGCUCUUAUGUGAUAAAUAUAUUUUGAAAAACAUGAUAAAUAAUGAAUCUGUGUUGAAUUACAAACUGAUGGAAAUAUGGAGAUGUAUAGAUAGGAGCACAUAUUGGAUAAACAAAAAAGUACCAGACAUUCUAAGCAGUUUUCAAUUUUUAAAGGAUUAUAGGAAAUUUAACGUAGUCCAUGGAGUUCAUCCAUAUUAUGAAAAAUUGUAUUAUAAUAAAAGAACGAUUGUAGUCAAAAAAGAGUAUAAAAAGUGGAUAGAACACGAUGGACCUAAUAGUAUAAUUUUAUAUACGGAUGGGUCGAGAAAUAAUGUUUCACAUAAAGUUGGAUGUGCAAUAUGGAUUGAAAAGGAAAAAAUACCCAUAUGUUAUAAACUCCCGGAGUUUAUUUCUAUUUAUUCGGCAGAACUAAUAGCUAUUCGUGAAGCUGUUAGAAUAGCUAAAAUAAAUAAGUAUAAAAAAACUAUGAUUUUAACAGAUAGUUUAAGUUGUGUAAAUAAAUUAGAGAAGUUCAUGAAUACAAUAGAAUUUGAAGAAAAAAUAUAUUUUGAAAUAUUGAAUGAUAUAGAGAUAAUUACAGGGAUUGGAAAUAACAUAAAUAUUGGAUGGGUACAAGGUCAUAUAGGUGUGGAAGGAAACGAAAAGGCUGAUGAACUGGCAAAAACAGCAAGUGUAAGCGGACAAGAAUAUAAUAAAUGCUUAUAUGGUGACAUAAUUAAGAAAAUUAAAAUUAAAUCAGAGGAGAGAUGGAAAGAAGUAUGGAGAGAAACAUCGCAAAGAAAAGGAAGGCAUUACAAAUUAUAUAAUGACUGUUUAUCGUUUAAACCAUGGUUUGAAGAGUUUAAAAAUGAAGAAAGAAGUUUUAUUGUCACCAUCAGUAGGAUAAGAACCAAACACGGAAGCUAUGCGAAACACUUGCAUAGAAUAAAAGUGAUAAAUUCAGAUAUAUGUGAAUGUGGAGAGGAAGAAGGUACUCUGGAACAUAUAAUUCUGGAAUGUAAAAAAGUUUUAUUACAAUUUGCCAUUGUUAAAAAGCAUAUUGAACGCUUUCAAAAAUUUAUAACUGCUGCAAGUAAUGUAACUAAUGUUUCUGAAUUUAGUGUAAGGAAAACAAAGUUAAAUGAAUACAUGGAGAAACUUGACCUAUUAUAUGGUGUAUUGGAAAGGCAUAGUCCAGGAGAAUUCACAAAUGAAUAUGACAAAUUUUAUGAUCUCAGCUUAUCACUAUUAGCUUCGUUGGAACAACAUAUAAGUAAGUUUGUUGUAAAAGUUGAACAAGGGCUAAAGAGUGAAGCAACGUUAGAUGUAAAAUUGCCAGUAAUCUCUCUACCUAGAUUUAACGGUGACACUAGUCAAUGGCUUUCCUUUAAAGAUAUUUAUGAAUCACCAAUACAUAAUAAUGAUAAAUUAAGCCCGGUUCAGAAACUACAUUAUUUGAAAGGAGCGUUAACUCCACCAGCUUCUAAUUUCAUUUCUUCAUUAAGUUUGACUAACGAUAACCAUAAGGUCGCUUAUGAUUUACCUUUUGAAACUUAUAAUAAUAAAUUUUUGAUUAUUAAUAAUCACUCAGAUCUUAUGAAUGAUACUUUUAAAAUUUCUUCUCCGUCCAACUUAUCGGAAACCAAUAUUACGAAAAGAGUAAUGUUGGCCACAAUUGUACAAAUAUUUGAUCCAUUGGGGCUAAUAGCUCCUAUUACAAUUGUGGGGAAAAUGUUAGUGCAGGAAUUGUUACCAAAUUUAAAAAAUAUUUCUAUACUGCGGUGCAUUUUGAAACAUUUAUCUAUUUCUGAGAUAGAAUGCCACGGGUUUGCAGAUGCAUCUCUAUCUGCAUAUGGCGCAUGUUAA